GACUCUGUCCUGUAUCACGCAUCUGGUCAAGCAUAUUCUCCCGAAAGAAGCGAGCACAUACCAUGUCCAACAUGCAAGACAAGACAAGCCCUUUUGACGUCACCGUCGCACCCACAUCCGUGACAUUCACACCCGCCUCGCACCCCGCCGAGCCCUUCGACCCCUCCUACACAGCCAAGUUCAAAGACAGCACCUCAUCGCGGCCCGAGUCGGCCGCAGAGACCCUCCUCCGCAACGCCUGCCCGAACCCGUACAAGAAAUGCACCGAGCUGCUGCAGUCCUCCAUCCCCAAGGAGGUCUCGUUCAGCGGCGCGAGCCUCAUCCCGCAGCGCAACGGGCUCGUGCACACCCUCCUCGAGGCGUACAACCGGCACCGCGCGCUCGUGCUCCGCCCGGACGACGUGUGGCUCCCGAUUCUCACGCAGUUCUCGUUCUUCGUGAACGCGCACGCUGAGGAGCUGCGCUCUUCCUUCGUUGCGCACGAGGGCAAGAAGGAGCUGACUGUCACGGCGGUCGGAACGCGGUACAGCGUCGACUUUGGGAGCAUGGCGCGGCAGAUGGCGGGCGAGCUCGAGAAGAACGUGAGCGAUCCGAAGCUGAGGGAGUGGGCGACGCCGAGGUUUAGCACGAGCACGGUCACGGACAGCACGGUGUAUGCGAUUGCGCUAAUGGCGACGACCAAGGCGUACUUCGACUUUUCGUUCUGCCUCAUGUGCGGGAUUCCGCGUGUCACGCUCGACGGGACGCGCGAUGACUGGGCCGCGAUUCUGGAGAGGAUCGGGAAGCUGAAGGAGUAUGGUGUGGAGACGACGGCGUGGUUCCAUCUUCUCAAGCCUGUCGUCGAGCGCUUCGUGCGUGCGUUCGAUGAUCCGCACGGGAGCGAGAACCUAGAUUUCUGGGGGAAGGUCGCGCAUAGACACAGCGGCGGGAGCGGGCCUUCCUAUCUCAUGGGCUGGGCCACCGCGUUCUGUGUGUUCACCGCCGAGGGGAAGUGGCAGGGCCCGCGGCUGCAGAACCUGCCCUCGUCGCCCUCCGACAAGAGCUACGCGGACCUCAGCGGCGAAGCCUUCGCCGCGAAACACUUCGUCCCGCACCCGGAAGGCGACCCCUUCAUCGGCGACCUGUACCUCACGCUCGACGGCGUGCCGUACCCGCACGUCGACACCACCAAGAUCCCGCCGGGCACAGUCGAGGUGGACGUGAAGCUGAACGACAACGGGCAGGUGUUCCGCACGUUGCUCGUCGCUGGCGGUGUGGGCAGUGCGGUGUCGUCGAGCGGGGACAAGGCGCUGUCGGGGUCGGGCGAAAGGGAUACGGUGAGGCCCGUGCCUGGGUGGUGGAUGUUCGUGAAAAAUGAGAAAGGCGAGGAGGAGCUCGCGAGGCCGCCGAGCAUGGAGUAAGCGAUUGUUCGACCCGUUGUACCAUGUUCUUAGUGCCGUCCUUGUACCAUUUAUGUUUCACUGCAGUCAACAACGGCAUGCGUUUCUUCUAAUCCAAUGCGCGUUUUAUCAAUAAUCCACAUGACUAUUCAUACACAGUAUCAUUUCACCCGACCCGAGUUUCGUCUUCACUCUUUUC